AGGCGGAGAACAAGCACAUCAAGCCAUCAAGGUGGUGGGACUCCGUUCUCGCAGUAGGUCGUCGACAGGCCGAAUCGGAUUUGAAAUAGAGGAUGUGUUACGGCGGUCAACGAUUCCCGUCGAAGGACGAGUUUGGCGGCCAUACGCGAGCUCGAGCAGCCACAGCUGCGGUGAAUGAAAACGCGGUAGUGGUGGACAAUCUCCGGGACCGGUUGGCAGAGACGGAGGCUCGGCUUGAGCGAGCCAGAGCUAGGGAAGCCGACCUCAGCCAGAAACUCGAGGAAAUGAAGCGUUUCGUCUGCGUCAUGGAGAUCCUUGAGAAUUACCUCAAGCGCCGAUACCAAGAACAGCAAGACCAGUUCGUUCGCCUCUACCCUCCUGUACCCUCAUGCUAGCAUUAAAUCCGAAUUUUAAAUUCUGAUAUAAGCGUCGCAGUAUAGAAUUAAUAAAAGGAUGAUGCAGGCACAAGUGCUAACUCGAUUUGCAUGCAUAGCUCAGUUGUGGCUACAGAACAUUACAAUGACAAGUUUUUUCCUUCUUUGCUUGCUGAUACACAGAAGUCUGGUUGGUGCAGUGCAGGGGUGUUUGUCCGGUCGGUUUUGUGGCGGUUUUACUUUUUGUGGGUUUGGGAUAUGGAGUACCAAAAACCGAACCGAAUAGAAUUCGGAUGGUCGGCUUGGUCAGUCAGUUUUGUUUUGGUCUGUAUUGAUGACCGAGGUUAAAAGACUAAACUGGUGCACUUUACUGUAUUUUGCAAGAGUUACUCACUAAGUUAUAAAUACGCCAAAAAACCUAACAAAUAUAGUACUGACGUGC